GAGUAAAUUGACGCUUCUUUGGAUCUUAAAAAUCACAUCUUUAUAUACAAUCAGAAAGACAAAUCCAAGACCUUCAGGCUUCAUCAUUUCUUCUUCUUCAUGGAUUCUCAUUCUGAGCACACAAAGCCCUCCUUGCACACACAGCCUUCCACUUCCCAGCUCCUAUCGAGCGCCAAGGUGGUCGCCAACGCAGCCAAAUCGGCUCUCCGCCAUGAAUCCACAGAGUUAGACAAGACGAAGCUGGCCGAGGCUGCGGAGGAUCUUCUUAGCGCAGCUUCUCACUAUGGAAAGUUUGAUGAUAAGAGCUACGGAAAGUAUGUGCAUAAGGCAGAGGGUUAUCUUCACCAAUACCACUAUUCCCAUUCUUCUUCAAGUUCGUCUUCAUCGCAUUCAUCAGCUAUAAAUUCAACCACAACGCAUUCUUCUUCAGCUGGUCAUUCUGGUCAUGUAGGCGGCGGCGGCGGUGGAUCGGACGGCGGGUUUGGGGAUUACCUGAAGCUGGCUGAGGGUUUGUUGAAGAAACAUUAAUUAUGCUUUUGUUAUCUUCUCUCUCGAUGUUUCUCAAAUAG